AUGUCUCCCUCUACCUCUGUCGCUGUUGCACGAGUUUUGUCCUCUUCCGCCGCUCUGAAACGCAAAAGCGACAACGAUGAGAUCACUCAAGAAAAAGCCGCCGUGCUUAUGGCGAUGCAUAAAGAAGAAGACAACGACGAGCAUGAGCAGCACACUCCGUCUUGGGAGGCACUAAGCCUUCUUGGCCUUUACAUGGAGCCCAAAACUCUCGCGGUCGCUUCUUGCGUCUCAACCACGUUGCUAAAGUGUUUCUCCUUGGAGAAUCUAUGGAAGUCUCUCAUAACCGCACGGUCCACAAAACCAUCUUCUCCCUACGAUUUUUCCUUGGAAAACACGGAACUCAUCUCCUACAAACACCUUGUCUCCACCGUUGAAACCGACGCAAAACGCCGCCGCAAGAAUCAUCAACUUCCUGCUGAAAUCAAGAUAUCCAUGUCGGAUCUCAGCUUCAUCGUCCACGUGUCAACGGAAACAAAGAAAGCAUCCGUUCUCAAAAAGGGGAAAGACCUCGAGUUUGGUCCUAACGACAAGUUCCUAAUCGAAGCCGACGUGAGCAGCUCCGGGAUCACUGCCGGUGAGAAGAGCGUGAGGAUGACAUGGCAAGUCGUGUACAAAAACUGGGAGAAGUUCUUGACGAUAGCGGAUGAUACAAGUACAAGAUCGCUGGACAGAAAUUACGGGUGGUUCACUGACAAACUCGAGGACAAGGACAACCGCAAGCUACUAGGCGACGUCAAGCCGAGUUUUAACGGCGGUGUUCUCGACAAGAUUGGAUUUUCCAUCAUUGACUCCGACGGCUGGGGAAAUCUGUUAGUUUACGGCUUUUUGAGAUAUCUUCAGUGGUUUUUGUUGGAAUAA